UUUCCCGGGCGGCGGCUCGACCGGGUCCGGCCCUGAGACCAAACCUGGGUUCCCAUAGCGCCACCGGUGGGGUUCGGGGGGAGGCGGCCAAGCGCGCGCGUACUCUACGGGCUUCGCCGGCGUCUCCAACCUCUCCAGUUCCCUCUCGGCCCCCGGCCCCUUCGACCCCCUCCCAGACGAGGCCCUGGUCCGAUCUUCUCUGGGCUCACUCCGGACAAAAGGGGCAGGGAGUGGCUUUGGGUGUGACUAGGUUCUCUUGGGCCGAAAGGAGCUUCCAUCCACGCUCGCCCUUGUCGCGAAUGUGCGGCGGAUGAAGCUUGUUUGGGGCCAGUCCUCUGCUGUGUCUGCCUGCCCAAAUCCUGAGUUUUCCGGGUUGGAUUUCUUCAACUUCCCUUGAGUGACACAGAUUAGGGAGGGGUUUCAGGGUCCAACCACUUUCAAUAAAACUUCCUUCCAGCUCCAAAUGUCAAUCCAUGGAUUCCUUUGUGCAACACAGACCUGAAGAUAACCAGUCAGUAGUCAGCAGAAUGCAAAAGAAAUACUGGAAAACUAAACAGGUCUUUAUCAAAGCAACAGGAAAAAAAGAGGAUGAGCAUGUGGUGGCAUCUGAUGCUGAACUUGAUACUAAACUUGAGGUUUUUCACACCAUUCAAGAAACAUGCACUGACCUUCUGAAGAUAAUUGAGAAAUAUCAGCAAAGACUCGAUGUGAUAUCAGAGGAAGAAAAUGAGCUAGGACUCUUCUUAAAGUUUCAAGCCGAACGUGACGUAACUCAAGCUGGCAAAAUAAUGGAUGCCACUGGCAAGGCACUCUGUUCUUCAGCCAAGCAAAGAUUAGCCUUGUAUACUCCUCUGUCUCGUCUUAAGCAAGAAGUAGCAACAUUCAGUCACAGGGCAGUAUCUGACACCUUGAUGACAAUUAAUCGGAUGGAACAGGCACGCACAGAAUACAGAGGAGCUCUGCUGUGGAUGAAAGAUGUUUCCCAAGAACUGGACCCAGACACCUUAAAACAAAUGGAAAAGUUCAGAAAAGUACAGAUCCAAGUGAAAAAUAGCAAAGCUUCUUUUGACAAGUUAAAGAUGGAUGUUUGUCAGAAAGUGGAUUUACUUGGAGCUAGUCGCUGCAAUAUGUUAUCUCAUUCACUGACUACCUACCAGAGAACGCUACUUGAGUUCUGGGAAAAAACAGCUCGAAAGAUGUCUCGUAUCCAUGGGGAAUGUACUGGCUUCCGUCCAUAUGAUUUUGUAUCUCUCAAGCAACUGCAAGACACUACAAGCAGGCUUACUGAAGGUCAUAAAGAAGAACAAACAGAAAACAUUUGCAUUACUGAAAAUCUCAAUAAGUUAGUUCUGGUAGAUGAGGAAGUGAACUUGGGAAGUGAACCAGUUGCAAAAGAUCUACUUGUAGACUCAUUGGAAGGAGAGGAUUUUGAGAAGGAAUUCUCAUUUCUCAACAACCUCCUAAGUCCUGGUUCUUCAAGUACUAGUGAAUUUACCCAAGAAUGCCAGACUGCAUUUGGGAGCCCCAGUGCCAGUCUCACAUCCGAGGAGCUUUUUGUGGGGUCAAAGCCUCUUGGUCAUUCCUCUGGAUUCCUUCCUUCACAACUCUUUGACCUUGGCUUUCAUGCUGCUGGGGCUUUGAACAGCUGGGCCUCCCACAGGGGAGCUGAACUUCCUCCUUCACACAUUGAUAAUCAGCCAGUGCCUUCACCAAGUCCAAAGAAAUUAACAAGAUCCCCCAACAGUGGUAACCAAGACAUGUCAGCCUGGUUCAGUCUAUUUGCAGACUUGGAUCCACUAUCAAAUCCAGAUGCUAUUGGACACUCAGAUGAUGAACUUCUGAAUGCUUGACUGAAGUUAUAAUGUCACUUCAGUGGCUUUGAGAUGUCAAUUUUGAAACACAUUUCCUUUGUGGAAAGAAGUUUAUACUGUAAUCCACACACAAACCAUGGUGUUUGCGAACACUAAUUUGUGUCAGUCAACUUUAGACAGAUGGUAAGAACCACAUUUUAAUAUAUUAAGUACACCUUUAAUAUCCUGAAUUUGUGACUUUGAUAAUAUGUGGAAAACAUGAGAAAUUAUUGAGUCCAAAAUAGAUACCAAAAUUUAUUCUUUAAAAACAGCUAGAAGUAAUUCUGUCAGUGCAGAAUUGGGCUUAUUUAUUUGGAAAGACUUUAAUGUGUACAUUGCCUUGCUGGCUGUCAGAAUUCUACAUGUGGAUAAAAGACACAUGUAGUUUGGGUUUGUGGUUUGGGGUUGGUUUUUAAAUAAAACAGUGGCAGGGGGAAUAUCUGUUGUGGAAAAUAGCACUAGAACCAGAUCAGCUUUGUCUCUAGUUAGAAAAAUCAAAUAACAUGAGAACUCAAUUUGUGUUAAUGAAAUCACAGAGAAUUUUGGUGCUUGCUUUUCUCCAUUUAGAGGCUAAAAUUUAAUGUUACCUAGUUUUGUUUUGUUUUGUUUUUUUAAUUCAUACAAAAUCAUGGGGAGUGCAGCAGGAUGAUUAAUUUACUAAACCCAUUCUAACAGAAAUGGAAACUCUUGCUUCCCAGCUCAUAAACCACAAGAAUGUCCAGUAAUAGUUAAGACAUUGUACAGAUGCCAGGCCUGGUUUUGCACACACUGGUACAGUAGUAUACAAUAUUCAUGUUCUUCCAAAAAACAAAACAAGGGGAGGAUACUCCCUAAGCAACUGUCAGUAGUAUUCCUGAAAGUGCCCAUAAACUUCUACCUGAAUGAGAGAGAAAAUUUUAAACACCUUAUCCUUAAAAAUAUUGGCAUACUUAUCCCAUAUUUCUUGACAUGAUUUAUCCUGGAAUACCUGCUGGCAGAAAUACAGAAAGUUCUACAUGAUGAAUAAAGGAGUUUAUUAUUUUUC